UUACGACAGCGGUUUCGGUCUGACGGCAGCUUGUUGUCAUAACCAACAUGGCGGCCGCUGCGGGAUCCACGGAGAGCCGGGAAAGUUCUGCGGCGGGAGACGGCGGCGCUUCCCCCCGCGAGCGGCCCGUCUGCCUGCUGGUUCUGGGCAUGGCGGGUUCCGGGAAGACCACCUUCGUCCAGAGGCUGACGGCGCAUCUCCACUCCCACAAAGCUCCUCCCUACGUCAUCAACCUGGACCCCGCCGUCCACGAAGUCCCUUUUCCUGCCAACAUCGACAUCAGGGACACCGUGAACUACAAAGAGGUGAUGAAGCAGUACGGGCUCGGCCCAAACGGCGGCAUUGUGACCUCGCUCAACCUGUUCGCCACGCGCUUUGACCAGGUGAUGCAGUUCAUUGAGAAGAAGCAGCAGAACCACCGGUACGUCCUCAUCGACACCCCGGGUCAGAUCGAGGUCUUCACGUGGUCGGCGUCUGGGACCAUCAUCACGGAGGCUCUGGCGUCGUCGUUUCCCUGCGUGGUCAUCUACGUGAUGGACACGUCCCGGAGCGUCAGCCCCGUCACCUUCAUGUCCAACAUGCUGUACGCCUGCAGCAUUCUCUACAAAACGAAGCUUCCUUUCAUCGUCGUCAUGAACAAGACGGACAUCAUCGACCACAGCUUCGCCGUGGAGUGGAUGCAGGACUUCGAGGCCUUCCAGGACGCGCUGAGCCAGGAGACGUCGUACGUCAGCAACCUGACGCGCUCCAUGAGCCUGGUUCUGGACGAGUUCUACACCAACCUGAGGGUGGUGGGCGUGUCUGCCGUCACCGGAAGCGGAUUGGACGACCUGUUCGUUCAGGUGGAAGAAGCGGCUAAAGAAUACGAGACAGAGUACCGUCCGGAAUACGAGCGCCUCCGCAAACAGCUGGCGGAGGCGCAGAGCAGGAAGCAGCAGGAGCAGCUGGAGCGGCUCAGGAAGGACCUGGGAGCCGUCAACGUGACCGGGGCUCCGCCCACAGAGGAGGGCGAGGAGGCGGGACCCAGCGACCUCAUCAUGACGCGGGGUAACCCUGACGACGAGGAGGAGGAGGACAGCGACACCGACGACAUCGACCACACAGUCACGGAGGAGAGCAAAGAGGGCGUCGCCUUCGGGAACUUCCUGAAGGAGAGAAGGGAAGUGGUUCAGGUGCGGAACAGGAAGUGCGCCACACCCGACGCCCCGUGACCUCCGGACGACUGUGGACUGGCACAGGCUAAUGAGUGGAGCGGGUCCUGACCUUUGACCCUCAUGCAGAGCUCCUGAUUGGCUGCUUUCUCCUUUAGAAAAAAUCUAUUUUUAUAUGAA